AUGGACGGCGGUUCGUCGACUCCGACUUGUGUCUCUCGUCCAUCUUUUCUUCGCAGGACAUUGGAGCAGUUAUCCUCCAAGCAAUAUCUAAAACUGCCCGAAGAGGAAGAGGCGACCAGCGUGGCCGUCGUCGCGCUUCAACGCUACUUGUGCGAACAAAGGGAAGGACAGCCGUCCGAGAGCUUCGGCUACGACGUGACUGUCACCGACGGAGUGUGGCGCGCCAAAUGCUCCCUUCACUCGAGUUUAAAUCACCUGGUGCACGCCAACAGCCUGAAGGCAGGCUCUGACGUCGUCAUCGUGCAGUGCUCUUUCGUUUACAACGAGCGCUUCCUGGGCCACGGCUACAUCAGCAUUGAGAAGCUGCGAUGCGCCUCGGGGAAAUCCGCCUUGCUGUCUCACGUCCGGGAUGUGAGCUCACUACCCGUGCUGGUCAAGAGUGGGAUGGAGAGGAGCACCUUGCUCCAGAGCGACGUGCCCCUCCAGCUGAGCCGCAAACACUACCUGUCUCUGUGGAACAACGAGGAUCCAGAAGGGGACGUGUGGACCUCGGCGCCUCCUUCGCGACCCCCGCCACUGGACGUGAAGAGGAUCUCUCUCAUUAAUAACCUGGAGUCUGCAUUCAGAGCCACGUGUCGACGUCUCCCUCUGCUGGUGAAAAUCAUUCAGAAAUCCAGAUUGCGGUAUUACGGCAAGCCCGAAUCCAAGAUCGAGUUCCCCUACCAGGCGUACUUUGAAGUCGCUGACCAGAGUGGCAUCAUGUCGCUUGUGCUUUGGAACGAACUCUGUCCCCAGUUUUACAAGUCGCUCAGCGUCGGAACGGUCUUGUACCUCCAGAAUUACGCUCUGAAGCCAAGUUACUCCAAUCGCUCACGGCCACAAAUGGACCACUAUGGAAUCAAGAUAUUUUCUUCAUUGGAAAUCUGCCUGAACGCUCGCAACCCGGCGUCAAUUAUCACCGUGGUGCAACCGAAGGAUGUCCAGCCUCAGUGGUCGUUGCCCGACGUGUCGUAUCACUUUGCCACAAGAUCCGAGGUGGAAACGUUGCCCAACAAAUCUGCUUGUGAUGUCAUCGGUCUGGUGACAUUUGUUGGUCGUGUUGAAAGGAUAAAGAGUAAAGGUAACACAGCCCCUGAGAAGUUCUGGUCAUUCCGCUGGGUCCACGCAAUGGAUGGCACAUCGACGCAUCCUUUCGUCCUGGAGUUGUUUUCCUCUUCCCAACCCGAAAUCUUCGACAGCAUAUGCCCAAUGAGUUACCUGGUGUGCACUCAGAUGCGGGUGUGUCGAGUGGAGGGCUCGCUGCCGUACCUGACCAGCAGCUGUGAGACAGAAAUGUUUGUUACAGGCUACCACAAGGGUCAAGCGUACAAGAAGGACCCCACGGUGACGAAGCUCAUGCAGUGGGCCAAGACUCUGAAGGACAAAACCUUCCUCCGGAAAACGGCCGUCGGCGGCCAUUAUUGCUACCCGCACCCCCCGCGGACGUUCCGCCAUCCGGUGGCAGACGCAUCUGAGCAAGUUCCCCUUGUUUCUUUUUCUGACUUGAAGAAGGAGUUGGAGACCCUGCAGUAUCGAGAACGUAAAAAGUUUGCCAUCCAAGGGCAAAUCACGGCUGUCAGAUAUGUGAAAACAUCAAGCGGGAUCCAGUCACAAGGUGGAAAAGAGAUGCCAGGUCAAUCCGCAAGUGAACAAGUUGCGUCACGAGUGCCCGACGCCACAUUGCCAGUCCAGUCUGCGUCGACCUCGGCCGAACAACCGAGCAGGAAAAGGACGACAAAGACGAGAAAUAUCGAGCAGACUUCUGUGAGCAGUCUGCCGGCAAAGCGGAGAGCCAAAUGUACAGAACAAGGACAGGAGCUGCAGGCGGAUGACGGCGAUGUUGAGCCUCAAAAUCAAGGCUGCGGUUUGCUAUCGUGGGAGAGCGGCGGCUGGUCAAGGCAACGGCAAGAAGUGUCUUGGCACUUGCGCCGCGGCGCUCUUCAUCACGACAGCGUUUCUCAAAGGUUCGUCCCGGAUUACAAGAACGCCCUCCUGCGUUGGAGCAACCUUCAUCCCGUGCGCUGGACACCGGAGCACUCGGCCCACGCGCUCGCAACCGCUGUUUGUCCACCGUACUACCAGGUUACCAUACUAGGCAUGAACAAGCAAACGGCUGUCGACGCAACCUUUUUACCCGUCGUACGUCCCGGAGAACAAAGAGCUGUCGGUCUUCCCCUGGGUCGCCAUGACAACACCAUGCUGUCUUGUCUCUCUUCUGGGUUCGUGUGCCCUCUCGGUGCCGAGGCAUCACAGCGCAGACCCGAGGACAUCGUGGCGACCGCCGGCGAGCUGGAGGAUGCGCAUUUGGUGUGCGUCUUGGACAUUUGUCACCUUGGCGGAGAGGACGUGGAGGUGACUUGUGAUCGGAGGAUGACCUGUCCCGCAUGCAUUUUGCCGAGAUGAGCUCCAGCUCACUCGCGUGCUGGAGAAAAUGGACCCGACCGUAUCGUAUCCCAGUUUCCCAAGCCAGGCAGAUGACGGAUGCCCAAGUCACACGGGAGCAGCGUCUGGGCUUUUGCGGACUUGCUGUUGAAUGAG